GUGCGCAUGAGGUUUGACGUGAAGCCGAACUUUGGUAUAUGGUUCCGAUCUUAGGAGAAAAAUUUUCCUUCACGUGGAUAGAGUACCUAUUUUGCUUUGGAGAAAUGAGUUUUUCGCUGUGCAAAUGUCGUUAUAGUGGUAAGUUUAGACCUUAUUUAGUAGAUAGUGUACUGAAAAUAGAGAAAGUAAAGUUUGUGACCAUCGUUGCACGAGGGUACUCGCUACAAUGAUUUAGACGGGGACGCUCCGCUCCAAAAGGGUAGCUUUUUCAGGCUUCAGGUAUAUGAAAGGUUACGAAUUUGACUUGUGAAGUUUGUGAAAGCGUAGGGAAAUGUGUCAUAGGUGGAACCGAUGAAUUUCAUGGUUUUAUAAAGUUGCGAAAGCGUCCUAUUUUUGUCAUGGAUUCCUAUUGAAAGGACAGUGCAUUUACAGCAGGUAAAAGGGGUGCAAAGUUCCAAGCAAGGUAUGUGAAAGGGGUACCAUUUUUGUGUAAAAAUUGUAUCUGUACGGGCUUGGAGGUAGGGGCCGAGCCUCCCUGUAUGGAAAUUUGUUGUGUGAUACAUAAAAUCAGAGCUGUGAGACAAACAAAUGAAUAUCUCUCCUGAGCAUUAUUUUUGAAUUUGCAAGAAGCAUGCAGGGGCAAAGUUUGAGAAGCUGUUAGGCUGAACAGUUUUCGAAAACCCGAAUUUCAAUCCGUUUCAAUCUUGUUUAGUUUUGUCCAUCUGUGGCAUCUGUUGUUUCUGUUAUGUUAUUUUAACCUUCCUUUUAAGCAGUUAUUUUUAUGUUUCUGUUAAUGUAAUGGGCAUUUUGUAAUGUGCUAAUUUGGCUGAAUUUUGUGAGACAGAUGCUUUCAUUUAGACAAUCUGUGAGUGACAAAAAUAUCUAGUAGGAAACAUUUGUCUAUUAGAAUCAUCCUUGUGUUUCAAACAAAGGGAAACAAUUUGCUAGUGGUCUGAUCAGUUUUCUAGUGAAAAAAAAUAUUACUAGCAAAAGCUGCAAGUGUACGAAAAAAUUAACUUCAAAACCCUCCGCUAUGUCCUGGGGAUUGGGGAGACUGUGAUUUCAAUUGAGUGGUGGAUAAGGAAGAUAUUUAUUUAGUAUUACCUUGUGUGUGCACCUUUUGCAGCGCUUCAGCUUGUUAUCUGUAUAGAAGUAAAAAUAGAAAAUACUUGAUUAUUGGGUUAGCAACAGUGAAAAGUGACAUUUUUUGUGAGUGGUGAUAUGCAAAUGCAUAUAAACAAGAAAGUUUAAGUGGAUAGAAAUUUCCUUUAUCUGUAAAUGGUAUGAAAUAAUAUUAUUCAUUAACAACUAAAUGAUUGGAUAAUUCAAUUGUAGAGUCUUGAUUGGCUUAGCAAUGAUUCUAUGAGAAGGACAAAUGCUACCUGUAAUGAAGGUGAAAAGGAAGACAAGUGGAAAAGAUGUGAGCAGGAACAGGUACAAGAGUUUCUUGAUAAGUAGUGUAAUUUGGAAGUUUCAGGGUGUCAUGUAAAACAAUAAUAAAAAUUGCAAAGAAUUGGCACCAUUAAUUUUGGGAAAGUAGUUUUCCACGCACUGCCCAAUUGGUUGGAAAUUACUGGCCGGGGGUACUGCCAUAUAUAUGCUAUAUAGGUAUGUGCCGCUCUGAAGGGUAUGGUUUUCAAGCAGUUUACUCUAGGAUAGGGUAUAUAAAUCAGAGCGUUUGGGUCUAGAAUAGGGUACGAUUUUUCAGGAAACUGAUCAGUUGGUUGAAGAUUUUAUCUAGACUGGGGAAACAGCUACUCUAGGAUAGGGGGAUUUGGGGAGUUUACUCUAGUAUAGGGUAGCAAAAUUCAGCUGAACUAGCUCUGGUUUAGGUUAAGGGUUCCAGGGUCCCAGCGGCACAUCCCCACCCAGAAAUUCCUAAAGUGCCCCCCCCGGGAUUACUGGUUUCAAACUCCCCUCCUCCUUAGAAUUUCCAAUGAUCUUUUGCCACAAGUGUGGUAAAAAGGCAUAAUUUUUGUUUGAGUAAUGAAGGUUGGAAGAUAUAGUGAAUAGGAAAUACCAUACAUUGUGUAUUAAACCCGCUCCCUUUAACAAGGCACUCCUUCCCUUUCAGGAAGAGAAAGUUGAUAAGGUGGCCACUGUAUUAUAUCAGUCCCCUCUUUAGCUGUGUUAAAUAUUCAUGGCAAAUAAAUGAUAGACUGUAUUAAUAAGUCACUACUGUAAAACAUCGUGUGGACUGAUGUGUCAUGGUUUGUUUAGGAAUUGCAAGUUUGGAUUUAAUUGUGAUUCUUGCAUUGCAUUGCACGGAGAAGUGAUGUGAUUGCCUUUUUGAAAUGAAAUAAGCCCCCCUCUCAAAUAAGCGCCCCUCUCAUCAAGUGGGCUUGAAAUAAAUAAGGCCCCCAAAAGGGCCUUAAUAGAGGAUUUACGGUAUGUGAUUUCACAAACGAAUGUAACUGAUAUGUACAAUUUGAGAGAGUAAAAUAAGACUCAAUGUGAUUAAAAGUAUGGAAAAUGUUUACUCACAAGAUGCUUUUUCAUAGCCUUCACUACCAAUUAAGCACCUCAGGGCUAUAAGUGGAAAAUGCAUUUGAUCAAUAACAGGACAAAUUUAUGGAAGCUUAUUUAUGUGUUUCUUUUUUAUUUUGUAAGGCAACGUUGAACAUGUGAUGUUGGACAACAUUCUUAGGGGUAAGUAUAAAUUAUUCUUCUGUAUAUCAGAAUUAUCUUCACUAUUGAUACUCUUGUUUCUUUCAUGUAGAUUGAGAAAUAGAAAUUCUGAUUGAUGACGAUGAGUGUAAAAGGAAAGAGUUUUCAAGAGUGUGAAGCAUUUGUUCUCACGUGUUUUUUCUGAGCACUUUCAUGUCUGAAGAAAGACUACUGAAGAAAUAACACCUACAUUUUGUAACAAAGUUGAGUCAUUGUACUCAAAUAGAAUAACUUUAUAGAAGAAAACAAUCUGGAUCUCUUCCCUUUCCGUCUAUUCAAACUGGAGUGUUAGUUGAGAGCAGUUAUUUUCUUCUUGUCUUCAGGAUAAUAUUAAAUUAAUCUUUCAAAAUGGUUUAAGUAAAAAGUAGGAAAUAUUUUUAUUAUCAGAUUGUUCAUUAUUUUAGGUAGUGUAGGAAAGCAACAGACGUUGUAAGAAGGCAAUAUAUGUGACUGUGCAUAUUGUUAUUUUGUGUAUCAAAUUGUACUAAAUUCAUAUUUACCAAGGGGUACUCGCCUAGACUGUGAGACACGGGAAUCUGUUGGAAAAUUACAAAGUAAAUUAUUAUUAAUGACUUACAGUCAUAUUUUUAGCUCAGUAUUUCAGUUUGAUCUACAAUUUGUUGACAAAGUUGGUAUAUACUUGUUUGGAGAACAGUAAUAUCAGUAGUUUAAGGAGUACUGAUAAAUUGCUUUACCUGUUGUUGUUGGUGUAGUUUCACUAGUUUGUACCCCUAUGUCUGUGAAAAAGAAUUAUUAAAAAAGUUGUGUUUAAGGCUCAUUUUAUACUGUGAAAAUUGUCUAACAGGACUUAAACGUUUUCUAUAGAUAAUAUGAUAACGAAUUGUUAUUAACAGAUAGACAUGAAAGACAUCUACUAUAAAAAUGGGUUCUGUUAACUUUAAUUAUUUACCAUAGGUAGGUAAUGGGAUUAUUGUUUCUGUAGUACAUUUUUGGGAGGUGAGUUGUGUUGUGAAAAAAGUGGCAAAGCCACAAGGGAAAGUCCUGCCUGCCAUAUUUCUUAUGAGUUUUGAAUGCUCCUUAAUUUUGUCACCUUUGUUGGAACGAUUUGAUUACCCAAUCAAGAAGGGUGGUAUAAUAGGAAACUGAUCUGGAAACGAGGCAGGUCAAGUGUAACAAUUAACUCAUGGAUAAAAAGAAUUACAUCUUGGAAGUUAUUUAAGAUACAGGCAGGGUAUUCUGUAGUUACUUUAAACAUUAGAAACUAAAACUUUUAUUCAACGGCGAUUUAGGUGCCAAAAAAAUUUUUCUCGUUCAAAAGAGGUCAAAGAAUCUCUAAAUUUCUUGAGAGGUCAAAUUCUGCGUCAUGACGAAAACCAGAAGAAAUCAGUGCUAGAAUGGACAGGAAACAUAUUGAUCAGCCUCAUUAAUAAAGUCUCAAUUUGCAAAUAUAAUGUUUGCUCAGUGUAAAGGAAGAAUAAUUCUUCUUAUUGUGUAUAGCAUACUGUACCCGUUUAAAUUUUCUAAGCUAUGAGUAUUGUCAAGCUCUCUUUUGAUGUUGAGGUGGGAUUGAUCAGGCACUUUGCAGUGCAUGACAAAGAUGUCGUCUGAUGUGCUUUUGUUAAAUAGGCAAUUCUCUGUUUUAAAACAAGAUUAGCUAGUUUCAAUUGUUUUUUAAUGAAGGAUAACAGAAGAUGUGUCUUGAACAUUGACAUGUACUUGGCAUCAAAAAAUGCCUUUCUAGAAUUUUUUCAAACACAAAUCUUAUUAAGGAGUGGAGCUUGUUUAUACGUUGCUCAAUUUCAUUUGAUUUCUGCAUUAACGUGGUAACUUUUCCUUGGGAGAUAGUAGACAUACUUGGUGUUUUAUUAUUUCUGAGCAAAUCAGAAACUCCCAUAAGCCUGGUUGCACAGUAUUCGAAUAGCCCAAGAAUUGUGGCAGGUGGGAUUUCAAAUAAACUUGUAUUCACUGUUCUUGCAGCUUUGGUGCCAAAACAGCACUCCCAUGUUAAUCCUGCA